AUGACGGACCCAUCACUUUUAACUUCCAUAACCAGCUGGUUCACACCUCCCACUCUCUUUCUCUUCGUCAAUCUCGUCAUCGGAACCAUUGCGGUCAUCUCUCGUUUCAAUUCUUUCAGGAAACCGCAAAGUAAUCAGCAGCACCAACUCGGUCCCUACGACUCACCCCCACUCGCCCGAGCUCCCUCCCUAAUUGAAAGAGUUAAGUCCAUCAACUUCUCUCUCUAUAAGUUCCCUAACCCGGAAGAAGAACAGCCAUCCUUUGUUCAACCCACGUCUGAGCAUCUAUAUAACUCAUACCCAGUAGACCCGAACCCGCCCCAGCUCGCCCGAGCUCCCUCCCUGCUUGAACGGGUCAAGUCCAACCUUUUCUCCUACAAGUUACCUAACCCAGAAGAAGAACAACCACCCUUCGUUCAACCCACUGAGCCUCUAAAUGACACGUACCUGGUCGACCCGAACCCGCCCGGGAUCACCCGAGCUCCAUCUCUCUUGGAACGAGUCAAGUCUAUCAAGUUUCCCUCUGUUUACGGAUCCCAACAAUCAUAUCCAGAAACAGAAACCAAGGUUAUUCACAACUCCGAAACCGAGGUGCCAUCGGACCCGGAUUAUAAGCCGAAGAGGAGUAAAUCGGAGACGAAAAAGUCCAAGCAGAGGAGUGUACAGGAGAAGAACUUGAAGAAGUCGGUGAGCGAGAAGUUAAUGAAGGUAGAAACGGAGAAUGAUGAGACGGAGACGUUGGAGCAAAGGAGGCCACAAACGGCGAGGCUUGACAGAACGGAGACGAUUGGCGACGAUGACCAGGGCGUUGAUGCAAAAGCCGAUGACUUUAUCAACAAUUUCAGGCGCCAACUGAAGUUACAGAGACUUGAUUCUCUCUUGCGUUACAAAGAAAUGCUCAAGGGAAACUGA